AGCGAACGCCUUUAAUCUGAUCGCCUUUGUUAGAGAAUAAGAACUUGUAUUCUCUUGUCGAAGAAAAAUACAAAACGCCGACAGCAUCCUAUCGUCGAGUCCAACGAAAAGACAUAAGUUAUUAAAAGGAUAUUAGACUACCUACCUGUUAUCCGAUGUUCUCUAAACGUUUGCGAAUGAAUCCUAUACGAACUUAAUCGUUUCUUCUUCUUUUCUUAGGACAAUUGGCCACCAAGGAUUUGCCUCUCCGGGCCUCAAAUUGACUAUCAUUUGGAACUCACUUCCGCUCCCGGCCACGGACGGCUAAUCAAGCCUCUGCGAUAAGAUGGAUGUUUGGGCUCAUGCGCGGCUCCUAUUACCUAGGGAUGGUCCAAAUCCGGUUGUAGAGCUGCUAGAAUUGCUGCAGAACCCUUUUAAACAGACGCUUACAGACGGUGCUAUCUGGUCCGCCUUGGGCACAUCGCUAGGAUUUACAGCAUUUAUCGCUCUUGCUUUUUCCUUCGUUCGACCGUAUAAUUCCGUUGUCUAUGCACCAAAACUCAAACAUGCCGAUGAAGAACAUGCGCCGCCGCCGAUUGGUAAAGGGUAUCUUGCGUGGGUCGUGCCGUUAUGGAAGACGAGUGAGAAAGAUAUGAUUUCCCAUGCCGGCAUGGACGCCGCUAUGUUUAUACGAUUCACAUCUAUGUGUCGCAAUAUCUUUCUUGUGCUUGGUAUUCUUGGGUGCGGCAUUCUUCUCCCUGUCUACUACACCCUCAACAGCGACAAGACAGGCAAUCAAAAAUGGUUCAUGAGACUGACACCUUCAAAUGUUAACGACCGACCUAUCUGGGCGACUGUGCUAACAGCAUAUGUGUUCAACUUCGUCAUCAUCGGGUUUCUGUGGUGGAACUAUAGGGAAGUUCUGAAGCUCAGACGGGUAUAUUUUGAAACCAAGGAGUAUCAGCAGAGUUUAUCUGCCCGGACACUCAUGUUGAACGAUAUUCCCCGAAAAUAUGCGAAUGACGAAGGCAUUGCGAGAAUCAUUGAUGACGUUGUCCCGCACGCUUCAUUUGCCAAAACAGCCGCUGCCCGUAACGUUAGGGACCUCCCCAAUUUGAUUCAGCAACACGAUCAUACCGUUCGAAAGCUUGAGAAGGUUUUGGCCAAAUAUCUCAAAGAUCCUCAAAACCUACCUGCGGCUCGACCAACGUGCUAUCCUUCUAAGAAGGACCCGUCAUACAGCACUUAUCCGAAGGGACAGAAAGUUGAUGCUAUCGAAUACCUCACCCAGCGAAUAAAGGAACUCGAGUUGGAAGUGAAGGAGGCCCGGGCUAACAUUGAUAAGCGCAGUAGCUUAUCUUAUGGUUUUGCCAGUUAUGAUGAUAUCUCCGAAGCCCAUAGUAUCGCAUAUGCUCUGCGCAAGAAGAAGCCUCAGGGUGCUACCAUUGUCUUAGCUCCAAAACCGAACGACAUCAUAUGGGAUAACAUGCCCCUAACCCCGGCGACGCGAAGCUGGAGAAGGCUGAUUAUCAACCUCUGGAUUACUUUACUAACAAUUGUCUGGGUUGCGCCCAGUGCCAUGAUUGCUAUUUUCUUGGUCAAUCUGAGUAAUUUGGGGUUGGUUUGGCCUGCUUUUCAGGCUCAGCUGUCUGGUAAUACCGGUUUCUGGUCCAUUGUGCAAGGUGUCGCGUCUCCAGCUAUCUUGUCUCUGGUUUAUCUGGUGCUUCCUAUUAUCUUCCGUCGACUUUCAAUCAGAGCUGGCGAUCGCACAAAAACUGGACGCGAGCGACAUGUCGUUGGAAAGCUUUACGCUUUCUUCGUCUUCAACAACCUGAUCGUCUUUUGCUUCUUCAGUACCAUCUGGAAUCUGGUUUCGUCAGUUGCUAAAAACCCGCAGAAGGCAUGGGAUACCUUAUCAAGCUUCGGCGUGACUCUGUUCAUCUCUCUGUGUGAUAUCUCCUCGUUCUGGGUUACCUGGUUGCUGCAGAGGAACUUGGGCGCUGCUGUUGAUCUUGCUCAACUGUGGACCUUUAUCUACAGCUUCUUCAUGCGCAAGUUUUCUAGUCCCACGCCGAGGGAGAUGAUCGAACUCACAGCGCCUCCGUCCUUCGACUACGCCAGUUACUACAAUUACUUCUUAUUCUAUUCUACUGUGGCCUUAUGUUUCAGCUGUCUCCAACCUCUUGUUCUUCCAGCUGCAGCAUUGUACUUUUCCAUCGACGUAUGGUUGAAGAAGUACUUAUUGCUUUACAUAUAUGUUACGAAGACUGAGUCAGGUGGAAUGUUCUGGAGAGUCUUAUUCAAUCGAUUCGUCUUUGGCACCAUCCUCUCCAAUCUGGUGGUGUUCCUAACGGCUUGGGUGCACGGUGACGGAACCCACACAAUGGCUUUCGCAUCCAUUCCUUUACCCUUUAUCAUGAUUAUCUUUAAGAUCUACUGUUCAAAAACAUUCGAUGAUAAGAUUCAUUUCUACUCAACUCGCAACAUCCAAAAGCACCCCGAGGGCGCUAUGCAGAAGGAUCCGUUGCGUUCCGUUGGGCUUGCACACCGAUUUGGUCAUCCUGCUCUUUACAAGCCUCUCAUUACACCUAUGGUGCAUGCAAAAGCUCAGAAUAUUCUAGCUUCCAUUUAUAAAGGGCGUCUGACGGAUGGCCGCGAAGCUUAUUCCGGAGAUACGAUGUCUACAUCUGGUUAUUCUGAUGCGUAUAUCAUGAACCCCAUGAAUGCCGGCAGACCUGGGAAAAUGGCAAGCUUGCCAGGAUUUGAGAUAGUACCAGAGUCGAGGCUUGACUUCGAGUAUUAUAAGACUCGUGCUGAAUUUGCGUCUGAACAUGGUGGCGGUGAUAUUUUCGGCCGUUCCAACGAUGUUGCCCGUCCGAGUACGCCCAGUAGCAUGUGGAAUGGAAGCGAGCCACCAUCAAGAUCAGGAAGUCCGACGAUCCCGAGUAUUCCCAAACUGGACAGCCCGGGAAUGAUCAAUAGAACCCAUUCACCUGGUUCAGACGUAGGCAUGACUUACCCAAGCGGAUACAACCAACCUUUGAGCAGUCCCUACGCUCCCGAAACUGGUAUUGGCCGAUCACGUAGCCCGUUGUAUGCACAUGCAAAUGACAGCGGAUCCAGCUUAGUGGCAAAUGCAGCGGCAAUGCCAGUAGCUACCUCUCCUGGAUAUAGAGGACGAAGCCAAGAGCGAUCUCUAAGGGCACCAGGGGGCGCAGGAAUGCUAGGAGGCGGCCCGCGAGGUUACGGCAAUCUACCACAAGAGGACAUUGGACCGCCAGAACAGGACCCUACGCAAUAUAAUUACUUCCGAGAAGCGAGGACUUCACGCAGGUAUUAAGAGCAACUCACUACCAAUGAGGACGAAUGUACAUAUAGCUCGGCGCAAGAAAAAUGCAGGUUUGGCUAUAGGGGCUUUCGGCGGCACGGAUGCGGCGUUUCUGGCUGAAGACAGUUAGACUUGGUGACGACGAUCCACGACGACGUUUUUGAUGUCGAGUUAUACGCUAUAAUAGAAAGGGAUGCAUGAUGACGACUUGAUCUUUUUUGGAUAGAUGGGACUCGGGUCUUGCUUAUAGCCGCCGACUUGUCUUAGAAUUUGCAAGAAAGAAGAGUAGCCGACACGCCUAGAGGGCCGUCUUAAAUAUUAUUAAUGUUUUACGAUUGCUAAGUUGAAUAUCUCCUAGAUCCUUGUAGAUUUGUUUGUCGAUGUAAGGGCGAAGUAAACUUUAUUGAGAACCUUAGGUCUA